GGUCGACCUUCCUUCAGCCUCAUGUGCCUCACACCGACGGUGGCUCUGCGAGAGCGACAGCUACCAUACAUUGUGAACAAUCUGGACGACGAGGAAUGCACGGGCUUCGUAAACGAUGACGACUUGUCUGCAGACGAUCCCACGGAUGGCUAUGCGAGGCAUCUUUGUGUGGCUCGUAUUCCUUCCCCAGGCGAUCGAAACGACCACCCGAAGUGUGGUAACCGCGCCGGUGGCAAUUGCAAUUACAAAUUAAACUUACGCCCGAGCAAUCAAUUUAGGCGCAGCGGUGGCCCAGAUUUCUGAGCACCGAAGGCUGCGCAUGCACCGUGCACCGUGCAAGCACCGCCGCGAAGCCUGCUCGCUCGCUUGGCAUCGCGCCCCUCGGAUGCCUUCCUGAUGCUGCCACUCCGACGCGACCCACUGCCAGACGUGCGGUGGCUCAGACGGGGCCCGCCCUCCUGCAGGCGCCUCGACCGGCCCGACGCCCUUAUCCCUAUUCAGCAGCUGUCCGCGCCGGUCGCCCACCGGGCCUCCGGCGCCGAGGAGGCCCCGUCGCCCGCCUCGGCCCCGCCCUGCUUCGCCUCCUCCAUGACGUGACCCACCGGCGCCGCGAAGAUGACGACGCGUGGCGGCCCGAGCGCCUCGGAGUCCACCUGCUCUCCGUUCUCUUUCCCGCGCAGCUCGAGACCGAACUGCUGUCGUCGCCCGCCCGCGUGGAAAUGCCCCCGACGGAGUCCGGUGCGUCUUCGGGCGCCGCGUGCCUCCGGUGGGUCGCGCGCCCCGGCGCCACGAUCCGACGGCCCGCCGACGGCGCCAGCUUCGCCAAGACCAGGAUGAGGACCUCGUCGACGUCUCUGUCCUUGCCCUUGGCCCUCUCGCCCGCGCCCGCGUCGGCGUCGCCCUUCGCGCUUGACCUGCCGACGUUCGCCGCCGAUCGAGGGCCCCCGAUGGGCGCAGCAACCAACUGGACGCGCCCUCGCCCGCCAUCCACUGGUUCGCCGCCGAUCGAGGGCCCCCGAUGGGCGCUGCAGCCAAGUGGGCGCGCCCUCGCCCGCCAUCCACUGGCCCGCUGAGCCCGCCGGCUCGGCGAUUGACAACGCCGAUAAGUGUAGAGGGCGAAAACUUCUGAACUCGCUGCGGCAGAUGAGCCCAGAUGCGGCCACAGCGGUCGGCACGUGGUGCGACCCCGUAAGCAUACAGCUCGAAAGAGGAAUCUGAUGGCCCGAUCGAGUGCGCAGUCGACCUAGGCCCCCCGCGCCCGCGGCACCCCCGUUGGCCUGCUGCUUGAAGACGGCGUGCUGCUGUCGGGUCUGACUUACUUACAAAUCUUACUGGAUAAAGGGUCGCCGUUGGUAUUGGCUAGCACGCGGCUCAUGGCGUCGAUGGCAUGUGCCCCACAAGCCCCUGCGACG